AUGCAGCUUUUGAAAAUGAUGGGCUUUGCGUGGAACGUGGUGUGUCGGGCUUUGGCGUCCGUGGUCGCGGCGCUUAUGGCCGUGACGGGCGUAGUGGCCGCUACGGCCGUCACGUGGAACAGGACUGCCGGCGUGGACGAGCCCGCCGUACCGUUAAGCGUGAAUUAUCAUUUCACGAGGCAGUGUAACUAUAAGUGCGGCUUUUGCUUCCAUACGGCCAAGACGUCGUUCGUGCUGCCGCUGGACGAGGCGAAGCGUGGGCUGACCAUGCUGGCGGAAGCCGGCAUGAAAAAGCUGAACUUUUCGGGCGGCGAGCCGUUCGUCCGGGACGGCGGCCGCUUCAUGGGCGAACUCAUCAAAUACUGCAAGACGGAACUGAGGUGGGCGGGCAUCAGCAUUUCGAUUGUUAGUAACGGCAGCUUGAUCCAAGAAAAGUGGAUGAGGCAGUACGGCGAGCACGUGGACAUGCUGGCCGUGUCAUGCGACUCGUUCAACGCUGACACAAACCGAACGAUCGGCCGGCAACAGGGCGCAAGAACAGAUCACGUUGCAAAAUUAUACCAGGUACGUGAGUGGUGCGGACAGUACAAGAUCGCGUUCAAGAUCAAUACGGUGGUCAACACGUAUAAUAUUGACGAACUGUUCGUCGAGCACAUCGACCGGUUACGGCCGGUCCGGUGGAAGGUGUUCCAGUGCCUGUUGCUGGAGGGCGAAAACGCGGGCGAGGGAGCGUUGCGUAACGCCGCCCGGUUCUACGUCACCGACGAACAGUUCGACGGGUUCCUGCGCCGGCACGCUGAAGUUCAGACGCUGGUGCCCGAGACCAAUGAUGCGAUGCGCGACAGUUACCUGAUCCUGGACGAGUAUAUGCGGUUCCUCAACUGUCGCAAUGGCAAGAAGGAACCCUCCGCGUCACUGCUGGACGUCGGCGUGCAGCACGCGCUCCGUGGUUCCGGUUUCGACGAACAGGCGUUCUUGGAGCGGGGCGGCGUGUACCUGUGGAGUAAGCAGCAGAUGUCCGAAGCCGAGCUCGAAUGGUGA